AAUCAGAGGCGUCAGUCGAUCUGACGACGGAUUGAGGCUGUGAACGGUGUCCUCUCCAUGCUGGUGCUGCUGCUGUAUCUCAGGAACACAUCGUUUUAAUGGGGAGCAACGCGGCGGGGUUACACACAAGUUUGUGAGAGGAAGCAGCUAAACACCUGAAGCAACAUGGACAUCCUGAAGUCUCUGGGCCACCCGGAGGAGAUACUGAACCUGUUUAAAUUCAAAAUGGGAGGCUGCAGCACCGUCAUGCCAAAAUUGGAUUAUGUGAGUAAAGAAAAAAAAGAAAGAAAAAAGAAUUGAAUUAAAUUCUGAGAGAAUAGACUCUUUAUAUACCGUUUAAAACAGUCAGGCAGGAUAUGUGGUUGCACCUUCAACAGCUCUAUUUAUCACACAAUCAGCAUCAGUUCAGUUCUAGACUUCUGUAGCCACUGUAAACAACAUAGUGUUAAUAACAAGUAGGUCUAUAUAUGCCCACUGUAGUCUAUACAGUCUGAAUUCUAAAGUAUUGCCCUGUAUGGUGCUCUCAUUUUUGCCUCUUGAUGAGCUGAUGGAAACAGUCAGCUCUCAGGUCUAAUUAGAUCUGUGCCCGCACACCUGUGCUGGUUCACAUAUACACAGGCAGAUAUAUCCAUUGACUCGGGAUUUCAAUUACAUAAUGAGCUUGGAGGAUUCAUCAGUGGGAAGAGAUGCUGUGCGCAUGUUUAAGUCUAAUCCUACUCCAAUGUGACCUGGAGAGAGGGGGAUAAAGAGACAGAGAGAAAGUGAGGGAGAGAGAAAGCAUAGUCUGCAACAUAUAGCCAGCCAAUGGGGCCUUUAUUAGACCUUGAUAAAUGACACAGUCAAAAGUUCAACUAGUCUUGAAUAUCCACAUUCAUAUCUAAAAAUAAGAAUCACAAUCUGACUCAGGGUUUCUUCACUGCAGGGAAGGUAAAUUUGAAGAGUAGCUGUGUGCAUAGUCAAGACACAAUAAGAUUAACGAUAAAAUUGUCUACCAGGCUGCAAAAGUCAACACUCUGGCUUCAUGUGCAUCUUAAUGACUUUUAAUCAAAAUCAGAAUCAGAAUGUCCUUUACUGUCAUCAUACUGAAAUUACAACAAGACUGGAGAGCUUCUCCAUUUCCAGUGCAAUAGAUUAAAAACAGAGACAGAAUUACAAGUACAAAAAUAGUUGUUAGAAAAAAGAAAGAAUAGUACAGACUAUAUACAAGAUAAAAUUCUGUAGUGUAGUGCAAACAGUACAAUGAAAACUAUAUAUAUAUACUUUAAAACUAUAUACUAUAUUUAUUUAUAUAUAUGAUAUAAUAUUGAGAUAGAAUUUUUAUUUAAUCAAGUGCUGUCUUAUAAAAUAACACAUUCACUGUUAGUCCAGGCUUCAGUAUAUUUCCUUCCAUCAACAUGACAGACUUUGCUGCACCAACUCUGUUCACAUGAAUCCCACCAUGCAGGUGACAGUCAACUCUAAAUACAUCGCACCUGUUCAUUCUAAUGGAUAGGCUUUAAUGUAUGGGUUAAAACUGGUUGUGUGUAAUUCUGUCAAAACUCUUUGAAGAUCUCUUGUAAACUUGGUGCAGUUGUCAACACUUGCAUACGUCCUUGAGAUGCAAGUUCUAGUUCUAAUAGUGCAUAAAAAAUUUGAAUCUGGAAUAAACAAGCCAAAUUUCUUAGUCAAACUUAACCAAAUGUCACUCGUCUAAUGUGGGUUGGAAACUCCACAACACCACAUAAUAAUACAGAGAUGGUAAAUGAUCAAAUGUCCUGAAUUGCUCCAGUCUUUGUGUCUGUAAAUGAGUAGACUGGAUGGGCUGACUGUCAUUAUAGCACAGUAACUACAAAUGUCUGCAAGGGUUCAGUUUGCAAGUUAGGUUGGUGAUGGGAUGGAGCCUGGUUGUAUGCACAGGUGCUAUUGAUUCAUAAUCAUGCAUCACACCUCUCUUGCACUCCAAUUAUGACACCCAACAAGAUGUCAUUUUGUGAAAAAAAAAAAAAUCCUGUUUCAAGAAAACUUAAAACGAGGAGCUAUAUUGACAAAACAUAUCUAAAAGUUGUGUUUUUAGGUUUGUUUUUAAUUGUUUGAAUGGCUUAGAAAUAGAAGUGUUUGUGCUUCUAGAAAAGUGAGUCCUUUAUGCCCGCAGUAGGAGCAGGUCUCAUACAAAAAGUCAGCGAUCAUUCAGCUGCGCUAUAGGAUAUGAUAAUUCUGGUGUUAAAAAGGGGCUUAUGAGUUCAUUCAUUUUUGAUUGCGAGUUUAGUUGCACCUGUAAAUUCUUCAAGAGGUUUAGAAAAGAACAGCAAAAUAAAUAUCAAUUGAUGGCUAUCUGCGCCCUUACCAGUAGAUGUCACUAUACCUCCACAGUUGUCCUGAUCUAAUUUAUAGUGACAGAUCAUACAGUGCAUCCAAAUACUCACAGCACUACACUUUUAUCACAUUUUCUUUUGAGAGCUUUAUUCCAAAAUGGAUUAAAUUCAUUUUCUACCUUAAAACUCCACACACAAAAACCAUCAUGACAAAGAAAGAAAAGGUUGUUUCAAACUUUUACAAAUUUAUACAAUUGUAAGCAGUUGUAAUACAGGAGGAAAAAACAUGAUCCCUGUUUUAUUGAUAGCAGUAGGGGAGAGUGGGGUGAGAUGAGACAUUUUUCAUAUUUCAGAUCACUACAUCAAGGCAAUCAUAGUUUUGUCUCUAACUAGUGUAUCUGCAUAUAUUUCAAGAUGUUGUGCAUCCCUGCAAACCAACAGAAUGAGUGUAAACAUAACUGUCUUGAUAAUAUAGCAUGCCAAAAAAAAGUGGUCUCCUAAGGUCAACUAACCCUGUGUAUGGAGUAAGUUGACCAUAGGAGCGAGGUAAAUUGAGCCGUAUCCCUACUACCCCCCCACUCUCCACCCCAGCCCUCCCUCACCUUCUCUCUCCCUAAAUAACAGUCACUUCUUCACAUUCAUGAGUAUUUUUUAUCUUUUAUACGCUAUUCAACUGCUACAAUAAUUCUUUUUAUUAUUAUUGGAAAUAACUGCUUAAAAGCUAUUUUGUAAAAAGCCAUUUUAACAUGAGAAUGCCUUUAAGUGAUUCAGAACAUUCACAGCUGUAUUUUUGAAAAGAAAAAGUAACACAUUUCAACAAUCUGAACUGAAACUCUGAUCCUCUCAUCAUACAGGCUUAACUUACCCCAGAAUUACUAUGAUGACUUUAAUAGUCCUCUAAGCUAAAAUGGUGGACUUUUAUGUUAGGUUUUUGACCUCAUGUUGUAGCUCAUAGAUACCACAAUUGACACAAACAAAUUUAAAAUGAUCUUCUUUGGUCUGAACACAAUUUUAAUCAAACUUGUGACAGACUAAAUUCACUUUUUAGAGUGAAAAAUGUUUUUGUUCUUUUUUUGUGAAUAAAUGUCUAACCCCUUCACCCGUGUGAUCUAACCUUCACAGACUCCAUGAAUUGAUGCCCAUCUCCUAAAUAUUUGGUCACACGAUCAAUUUCUUUUACCAUUUCCAAGAAACAGGGGGUGGCUCAACUUACCCCACUCUCCCCAAUAGGCUUUUGUUACAGACUACUUCGUGUUUUUGGUUCUGUAAAAAUGGGUGGAUAAUAUAGAGAAGAGCCCUUUGUUAGAGAAUUUAACCACAGUUGACAGGAGUGCCCAAGUGGUGGUGAUAGAGAUGCCAAAGCUUAAGUAGGUCAUUCAGUGGUAGACGAUUUAAUGCUAUAGUUAAUACGCAGAUAUAAAUGCGUGGGCCGGUGUGUUUUCCAUUUAAAACGCGAUUCCGUGCAUUCGUAUAACAAAAUGACUAUCUUAUGUUUCCUCCGAUGUAUAAUUCAGUACAUUUUGCUGCAGCGUAGUUUCACAGUCACGUUUCUUUGCAAACGGGCAGAUUAGGAAACACGUCGCUGUUGUUUUGGGUAGAGGAGGGGGGAGUGGCGUAAUGAUAACAGCUGAUCUACAAACGCCUGGAUGGGACCCGCUUAUGUAAACUUUGGUGAGCAGAGUGGUUUUAGAUCAGCGGAGCUCUUGUUUUAGCUCUUACACACGUCCUGCUAAAACGCUGUCACCUCGCUCGACCUCUCCGCACGCUUGUCCUCUACAUGGACUACGUCUUUCAAACAUUUCCACCUGACGUGGCGACGACAUGCACAAGUCCGUUUCUUAGCUGCAGGUUCGGUGGUGCUGUUGGGUCACACGCAUGGCUGGAGCUUGUUGCAAGUGUCCAGUCUCUCUGUCUGUCCUCAAGCGGACUCUCUCGGUUACUCCGCGGGGCUCCGGAUCAACUCCCCCUCGGUCCCUCCUCCUGGGCUGGAGGCUGGGGGAGAGGGGCCUGCAGGAGGCCGCCCGACCCUCCAGUGCCCUCAGACCUGCAGGGGUUUACCGACACACUGCUUUUCUCUGUGUCUCCUGCCAGGAGUCCAUGAGCGAGAGUCUGCGGACGUGUUAUCUGUACCUGAACCAGACCAGUCGGAGUUUUGCAGCUGUUAUUCAGGCUCUGGACGGGGAGUUAAGGUGAGUAAAAGAGUGGGACUGAGUUUAGCUGGCCCCAGGUGGGCAGGGGCGUGUCUCUGUGCAGGCAUGUUUUCUUUGCUGAGGGGCAGAACCAGGGGCGUUGGCUGAGGGUAGCUGCCUACUUCCCUUUUCUUCAGUCUAACUGUGCCCUGCAAAACAAGCCUGUGUGCAACAGAAAGACGGGUUGUUGACUGCAGUUUAGACUUGUACUGCAUUAGUUACAUGACUACGGUGGCCGAGAACCGACACUGCUGCAAAUAAAAAAAGAAUGUAAAAAAAAAAAAAAGAAACACAACUGUGCCUAAAUCGUAAAACACUGGUGCAUCAUCAUUGUUGGUCCCCGGCAGCUCACUUCCGUUGUGGCUUUUUUUGUUAGCAUUUUUAUAUUUUUGCAGUGAGUAACUUUUUUUUUUUCCAUCGCCACUUUUCUUUCACAUCUUUAACUCCUGUUGUGGUUUUUUUAUCUGCACAGUUUCUUUUUUAAUUUGCAGCUCGGGCUUCAGUUUCUUUUCUUUUGCAUUGUUAACUUCCUUUAAGGCUUUUUUUAUCUGCACCGUUUCUUUUCUUUUUCGGUUUCUUUUUUUUUGCAUCGGUAAUUUCUGUUGUGACUUUUUUGCAUUCCUUUUUUAGUUGCAGCAGUGGUGGUUCUCAGCCACCGUACAUAUCUCUAUAACAGUCCAAAACUUAAUUGCUGGUUAGAUCUGAGGACUGCAGACAUAGCACAGAUGAGGGCCAGGUGUUUGUGCCAGGUACCGUGUCCUUUAUCCAAGACAACAAUAGGCACAAAGCUCAUCAAUUCAACCACAGGCAGCAGCUCCAAGAAAGCAAGUAUAAUGCAGUAGAUGGUUGACCCGAGGCCUUAACAGAUUUUGGAAGAGUUUAAGUAUUCACCGAAUAAAUUUGGAUAAAAAGCGACAUUUUAACAGCAGUCAUCAUGAAGGCUGUCCCAAAUACAACUUUUCAACUUCCGUCACAUUACCAAUAUUAUAGACUUCAAUAUUGACCGAUACCGAUAUUGAUCCGAUAUUGGCAUAAAAUUGUGCAUAAGUUUUUCACUCAGCUGCAAUGUCUUUUUCAGACUGAGACAAAAAAUACUGCCAGAAGGCCGACAUCAUUCCUGCUCCUUGCUUCUGUGUUAGUAUCUUAGUACACACUGUUGUUGUGAUUUUGUGGGCUGAGCUUGCUGUAUCAGGGUGCUGCUAGAUAGAGGUGUCGGAACGGAGUUUGGAAUGGAGUGCUUGUAUUGGAGUGCUCACACAGAGAUUUUAGAUGCAGGCUGAUAUAAUCCAAUAUUCCUUUUUUGCUGAUAUUGGGCCAAUAUCCGAUAUCUAUAUCGUAUCGGGACACCCUAUUUAUUAGUGCUGAGAAUAUAUAAGUUUUAAAAUUUAUUCAUGAAAGCAAACUUCUGUAUGAUAAGGUGCAGUAAAACUAGUAAUAAUAAGAGUAAAGGCUGUCACUUAGGACUGCAAGUAAAUCGUUGACAGUCAAAGUAUGCAUAACUUUCCAAUCACUUCAGUCCUAAUCAUUCAACCAAAUACGUGCUGUGUUAUUAAACAGAAUAUGUUUAUAUAGCACCACAGACCCUAUACUUUUCCUGUGUCAGAAUUUGAUGAAUGAAUAACUAAAAAAAAAAGCAAUGAUUUCUGAGAGUUGUUCCAGGUUUACAUUCUGUUAUCAGUCAUCAAUUUAUCUGCGAUUUCGUUUAGCAACUCAGAGUGACUAAUGAGUAAUAAAACAGAUGAAAUUCAUUAUCAUUCCCUAUAUGAUGAGGUGUAUUGCGUCUGUAAGACAGAGUAACAUUAAACCUCAGGUGAUAAAUAGCACGAUGUGGUCAGAUUCUUGUGGUGACCUGUAGUGACAUGCAGCAGGAAUCCUAAACUGCGAACAUUAUGAAUAGAGAAGUCUGCUGCUGCUCAGCGUCUAAUUUAAGAUCACCUUUCAGGUCAGAACUGUCAGUCAAGAGUAGACAGCUGAUUCUAAACGCACAUCUUGAGCGUGUGUGUUUUUGUGUGUGCCUUUUUAUAACUCUGUCAAAGGGGGAAAAUUGUUUCUAUGUGUGUGAAUAAGUGGUGUGACAGCUCUUCAGUUCUGUUAAUGCUGGUGUAACGUUUUUUAUUUUCUCCCCUUUAUCUUUGUCUUCUACCUUCUAGACAUGCAGUAUGUAUUUUCUACCUGGUGCUGCGAGCGUUGGACACAGUCGAGGAUGACAUGAGUAUCCCUCUGGACAAGAAGGUCCCCAUGCUGAAUGAUUUCCACACCUACCUGUACCGGGAUGAGUGGUGCUUCACAGAGAGUCAGGAGAAAGACAGACAGGUUCUGGAGGAUUUCCCAACGGUCAGUUGCGUGGCAUUAAGAGAGAAUAUCAGAGCUUUAUGUACUGAUAAAGUCCUUUUAAAUGACAUGCAGAACCCAGUAAAACAUCAAUAGAGACGCAGAGCUGUGUUUGUUGUAAAUCAUUAACUGUAAUUUUCAUGUGAACUUGCUCUCCAGAUAUCACUCGAAUUUAGAAACCUCGCCCAGGAGUACAGAGAUGUCAUCUCAGAUAUCUGCCACCGCAUGGGAGUGGGGAUGGCUGAAUUCCUGGAAAAGAAAGUGGGAUCCAUGAAGGAGUGGGACUUGGUAACCUUGUUAGCCCUUUUUUUAAGAUUUGCCAAGAUUUCAGGGGAGAUAUUGCCUAUUUUCAGAGUAAACAUGGAUUAAGAAGUAAACUAACAAAUAUGCUACAACCUUGACCGAUCUCAGGGAACCAUUUCAGAGCUAUAACAAGUGAUAGGGCUCUAACUGCUAGCUCAUGACCCCUUAUUAGUCUUGACCCUGAAUAGAUUUUCACUGAUAUCACUAUGUUAAAUCACCGGUAAGGCUGUAUUCUUGAAUAAAUGAUAAAAUUACCAAACUUUUUAAUUACAAAGGAUAUUUGUAUGAAUAGUUUUUGGUCUUUUGAGACAUGAUAUUCUGUUACAUGUCUGCUUCAUACAUAAAUUCUGCAUUUUACUCCUUUUAAAAAUAGUUGUCAUAAUAUAGCAUGUUAGAUGUCAUAAACUCAUAUACUCAUGCAUCUGUAAUAAGCCUAUACUAACCCAAACAAUAUCAGCAGCCCAUACUUAAAGGGAUAUUCCAGCGUAAAAUUAAUUUAGGGUCAAACACACUGUAACACUGUGUUAGACACCCCCUCAAGAGAUGAAUGUUGCCGACCUCUUGCUUCUCUAGUUAUACCAACCAACCCUAAUGACCGCAGGAUAGCAAUACACAGGGGUCUGAGGAGCCAUAUACAGACCUCAACCAAAAAGCCACUCUAUAGCCACAAAUAAUGUUCAGAACAGCAGCUAACUUCAUCAACAGAACAUAUAGGGUCCCAGCCAUAGUACUAGCCACCAAACAUCUUUUUAACUUUAUGAUCAUUUUUUCAUGGAAAUGCAGUCAGACCGAGACACUAAGGCAGAAGAACUACCACAUCUGCAGUGCAAAAUGAUUAAUAUGAUGAUUAUUACUUUAAGGAAAUGAUAAAGAAAUGAUCAUAAAUGUUCUUCCUUGAGCUGCGUCACCCUGCUGUAGUCUGUAAUUGACUGGCCUGAGGUCUGGCUACAAACAAGUGGCUGGUAGAAGAGAGUAGGUGAGUUGUGUUUAGUCUCUUUGCUAAAGAAAUUAGGCAAAGCUAAAAAGAUGUUUGGUGGCUAGUACUAUGGCUGGGACCGUAUAUGUGCUGUUAAUGAAGUUAUGUGCUGUUCUGAACAUUAUUUGUGGCUAUAGAGUGGCUUUUUGGUUGAGGUUUGUAUGUGGCUCCUCAGACAGCUGUGUAUUGCUAUCCUGCAGUCAUUACUAAAGUUGGUAUAACUAGAGAAGCAAGAAGUCGGCAACAUUCAUCUCUCGAGGGAGUGUCUAACUCGGUGUUACGGUGUGUCUGACCCUAAAUUAAUUUUACGCUGGAAUAUCUCUUAAAAUCACUACAGGAGAUUUAUUAAUAAAUCAAAAGAUUUUUUUAAAAAUGUCUUCCUUCUGAUGAGCACUGCUCUGGUGUUAUUCCAACGCUGAUAUAUCUGUGAUAGACCUAUUUCAGUCUUAUAAUAUCAGUCAACAGGUAGAUUGUGGCAGAUAGGCAGUGUUAAGAUUGUGUAAGCUUAUACUAUGUUGUCAUGUGUUGUCCUCUAUGCAGUACUGCCAUUAUGUAGCUGGACUGGUUGGCAUCGGUCUGUCCAAGCUGUUCUCUGCGUCCCAGCUGGAGGACCCUGAGGUGGGGCGGGACACAGAGCUCGCCAACUCCAUGGGCUUGUUCCUCCAGAAGACAAAUAUCAUCAGAGACUAUCUAGAAGACACGCAAGAAGGACGUGCUUUCUGGCCAGAAGAGGUAAGAUGUGAUCCUAGCAUGGUUGUCAGUCUGACCGGAGCAUUGUUGGAAGUAAAUACUCCAGAUUUCAUAGUCCAUACUUUAUCAGCUCCAGUGAGAGUUAUGAAACUGAUAUCUAGACAAAAGGUAUUUAUAUAGUCUAUGUUGUCCUUAUGUGCUGAGGACAAACCCAUUGUUCUGACCCUUUUUGUCUGCGCAGGCUUGGAGUCAGUUUGCAGGUCAUCUGGAGGACUUGGCCCGACCCGAGAAGCUGGACUCUGCUCUCUCCUGUCUUAACCUGCUGGUCACUGAUGCGCUGCGACAUGUACCGGAUGUCAUCGCCUACCUGUCGCGCCUGCGUAACCAGAGCGUCUUCAAUUUCUGUGCCAUUCCACAGGUAUACAGACUAGUCACUAGAUCUUGGCCAGUAUGGUAGUUUGGAGCCUGAUACUGGCUGUAGAUUACCAGAACAGUGGUGAUAUAUUAAAAAUUUUGAGCUAUAAUGAGUUAAAACCUUUUGCAUGGUGGUUAAACAGAAAGCACCAUUAGAGAAUAAUUAACUUUGUAUUAUGUGACCAUCUGCCAUAUUGUACCGUAUCAUGUCCCACAGACAGGGCUUAGUGUUGUAAAGUAUUAACAAAGAGCUUUCUGCUGAAUCAGAUUCUCUUUAGAAAUAAGUGUUGCAGCUGGAGCACACGAAAGACAGGGUACAAAAUGAUAAUACAGUAGGAAUAAGACCCGAAAAGUCUCUAAACCAAACAUAAUAAAAAACUACACAGUAUAAGAAACACCAUACAUGUACACAAGAUCACUAAAAAAUAUUCAGUCCAAAGCCGAAAACAUACAGGAUCCGUAUUGAGCGCGUUCCAUUUUUACUCCAUAGAGCAGCAUUUGGUUUCACAUAUAGAAUGCGUAUUUGGAGCGUGACAGCAGCGUAGUGCAGCCUCGGUCAGCUGGGCUCAGUAUAGAGGAAACAACAUGCUCACAACAGGUUGUUUUGCCUUUCUGUGGUCUAUUUCCUGCUGAUUUGGAUAUAAUUCAGUGACUGUUGAGCCUCUACUCUGUGUGAAAAAGCAAUGUGAUUUUACAGUUUUUGUUUUUGCAGGUUUACUCGUGUUUAAUAAAGUGAACUAUGUUCCUAUAUGCGGUGCAGUAAAAAAUCCAGUUGGGGUCCACAUGGAUCAGGGAUUGACCAUCGGAUUGUUCUGUGUUACUGAUUAAUCCAUAACCAGGAUGAAUAUCUCAUCUACACGAACUGAUACACAGUCGGGAGUUCGCACAUGGUGUUUUAUUUUGAAAUAUCGGAUGACAUGCACGGUUUUUGUGCUUGACUUUCUGUCUCAGACAGCCUUCUUUGUGUGGAUUGACACGCAUUGGAAGCGUAGAGCAACAAAAAUCGGCUCGCCGUGUAUCUUUAGCAGAGCUGCUCUUUAUGCAAUGCUGCAAUGGAGCUGAUAUUCGUCCUGUAUGUGAUACCACAUUGAUUAGAAUGGCAACCUAUUUGCUGCGUGAUAUGUGACGCUGCUGCCACGCUCCAAAUACGCAUCCUGUAUGUUUUAGCCUCAAGGCUAAUUCCAAAACUGGAAAAUAACUGCCAUGUAUUGUGAAAAGUUAAAAGUGUAAAGUGCGGAUUUGCAAAAUAAGCCAUAGCAAUGCAAAGAACAUGGGCAACCUAAGGCCUAACUACAAACUUUUGACCAAACAAUUCCAAAAUUAUAUAAUGGUGCACUUCAGAACAACAUUUACACUAUUACAGUAUAAACAUGUGAUAUCUGCCUUAACAGUAGUUGACCUGUCAAUAUCAUUUAGGUUCUGUAUGUAUUUGAAAUCCAAAAGAUUUUUAUUUUUCCUAAGGAUUUGUGAAAACAACUGAUAUUCCUAGUUUUCUUGCAUUCCUUUUCUUGAUGUGGCUCCUCUUUUGACCAGGUGAUGGCGAUAGCUACACUAUCAACGUGCUACAACAACCCCAUGGUGUUUCAGGGUGUGGUGAAGAUCAGAAAAGGACAGGCAGUGACACUCAUGAUGGAAGCCACUAACAUGAGAGCAGUGCAGACCAUCAUCGCCCAGUACAGCCAGGAGGUGUGUGUGUGUGUGUCUGCUCUUAUACUUCCAUCAAAUUGGUGCACUCUAACUGAUAACACUUUGCUGUUCCUGCAGAUUUUACAGAAGGUCUCUCUGACCGACCCAUCGCGGGACAAAACUCUGCACAUCAUUUCUCUAAUCCAAGAGAAAUCUGCCCUCUCCCAGUCCACCCUACCCUCCAGGACCCCCCACCUGUCGCCCAUGUAUCUAUCCGCUGCCAUGCUGCUUGCUGCCCUCAGCUGGCAGUACCUCAGCACUACGGCUGCACAGGCACAGGGCACAGGAGACAUGCAAGGACAGUGAACCCAGCUGCUCUUACUUUUCCUGGGGCCCACAGACUCAGAAAGCCUCUUUACCCACUCUGGAGGUCUUGUUCUUCUCUGACUGAGUGAAGCUAAAUCACUUUCCUCAGUCCUUCACUUUUAGUUUUUGCAACUACAGGACCAUGGACCCUGAUAGACUGUAGAAGUUCUGGUAACAGACUGGGCUCAUUACACUUUUAAAUAUCAAUCCACCUGGUAUCUGGAUAAAUUAUUUACAUAUUCACCAGCAUAAAUGGCACAUUGAAGCAUUCAGGGUGUUUUGUGGUUUGAUGUUAAUUUAAAAAAAUAAUCAUUUGUUUAAAAUGUUUUGACCCUUUGAUUUUAGUGCAAUUUUUGUGUAUUUAAAUAUUUCAAGACAACAGAGAAACAAUAGUUUUCUACACCAUGUGUGCUGUAAUUGUCAGAUUCACAGUUUUUCACACUGCCCUAUUUUUUUGUAGAAUACAGUCUCCAAACCUAAAAUUAUCGCUAAAUUUUGUGUCAAAGCCUAGUUGGGAUAUUUGUGUGUCAAAUCAAAGGUGUCUCUCUCUUCUGUUUCUAACGUUAAUACAGGAACAAAACUUAAAUGAACUGUUACGAGUGCACUUCACAGUGCCUGCACCAAGUGUUAGAAUAGAUGACAGUAUACACUUACUCUAGAGCUUUACUUUAACACGUAAAUGUCUGUGUUCUCUCUGUUUCUACUCUUUGUCCUUUGAAAUAUCAGAAAACAAAGAAGUGCAAUCCAGAGCAAGUUUUGACAUAAUAUCUUUGAUGAAUUAUGGAGAACAAAUGUAAUUUCUGAUACAUUUGAUAUCUAAGAGAAAGACUGCUAGCUUAAGUGUCCUUAACAGAGCUUUGGGGAGUAGAAAGGCUAGCACAGAGUAACCUUGUACAGAACCAAAGGGGAGCUAUGAACAUUGCUAUGUAAUGUGAAGUUUUGAUUUGUACAUAUUUGAACAAAUAAAGAGGUAAAAGAAUCUAAA